CCAUCCAGAACACCUGGACGCACGCAUAAGUGACCACCAAGAUGCUCUGUGUGGGUAUUUUUGUGGGACUGGUGUUAGACUCCUGGUCUUUACCUGUGCAGAACUCCUCAUUGGUUCAUCAGACAAGGCUGAGGUCAAAGAGAGACUAUUCAGCAGAGCAUUAUGUGAAACCUGAAGACAUGAAUGCCAUGGACAGGAUCCUCAGAGUAAAUCAACUGACCAGAGAUUUUCCUUUAAGAGAGGGUGACAUCCUAAAGUCAGGAUCCCACGGUGCACAAGUCACAUGUUUAGCAGAUUCUUGCCGCUGGCCCAGAGCUGUUGACGGUUUUGUGUAUGUACCAUACAUCAUCUCCCGACAAUAUGAGGAUAUGGACAGAAUCACCAUAGAAACAGGAAUGUUGGACAUUUCCUCUGCAACGUGUGUGAAGUUUGUGCCUCGCACACAUGAACCAAACUUCCUUAAUAUCGAGUCUAGAACUGGCUGCUGGUCAUAUCUGGGAAUGACAGGAGGCAGUCAGACCCUGUCUUUGCAGUCUCCGGGCUGUAUGUGGUCAGGAGUGGCAGCUCAUCAGUUAAUGCACGCUCUGGGAUUUGUACACGAACAGUCUCGCUCCGAUCGUGACUACCACAUCUCCAUCCUGUGGGAAAACAUCCCUGAGGAUCAAAGGGACAACUUUAGGAAGUAUGAGACAAACAACCUCAAUACUGCAUAUGACUACAGUUCUGUCAUGCACUAUGGGAGGUAUGCCUUCUCAGAGGAUGGUGGACCCACCAUCAUCCCUAAACCAGACCCGUACAUUCCCAUGGGCCAGCGAGAUGGACCGAGUCUUACGGAUAUUCACAAAAUAAACAUAUUGUAUAACUGUGGUGGCCGUGUGUGAAACAACAAACUUAUGAAAUGGACCCAACAUAAUUCACUGGACAACAGACUCCUGACAUGUAUUUACCUUUCCUUCUUAUUUUAUGAUUCAUUUGGCAGUGCCAUGUAUUUUGACACAGUUUAUAUUACAGUACAUAGCAGACCAUGUUAAAUAAAGCAAAUUAUUUUACAGGACAAUAUCAUAAAUGCUUUUUGGGCAAAUGAAAUAUAACAGAAUCCAAAAUAAAGCAAAGGUGAAAUCUUUUAAAAAUCUAGGCUAAAAUAUGUGUUUUAGAAAUUCAGUCUUUGUAUUCAUGUUGUUUUCACAUGAAAUUGUUUUAUCAUUUUCAACAAAAAUGUAAAUGUAAUGAACUUUAAAAUGUUAUAUGUUGUAACCAUUAACUAAAAGAAAUGCAUAAGACAUUUUUUCUUACACCUUGAAUACAUAUGUGUGUACACAUUAAUCAUCAUUAUUCAAAAAAAAAAAUGUUUUUAAGUAUAAUUUUAUGAUAAAAUUAUUAGGUUUUUGGGGAGUCAUUCCAAAUGACAUUUUCAACCUGAACUAAUCUUUCCAUGUACUCUGGUGUAGGGUUAAAUUUUUACUCAUAAUUUAAUUUAAUUAUAUAAAAUAAUUACCAAGAAAUGGCAAGUAACACAUUGAGCUGAAUGUAAAAUUUUCAAGUAGAAAGACUAAAAUGGUACUUUCUUGUAAAAUGUACUCAAAUAAUCUUUCAUUUACAACUUACUUUUUUUUUUUAUUCAAAAAUUAAAUACAUGUUCAGCAUAACAGAAGUACAAGUGCAUUCUGGUCAUUGUAUGUAUGAAUUGCAUUUUUAAUGUAUUUUUGAA